AUGAAAUCAUUGAGCGUGAGGAAGAAUGAAAGGCAUCAUGAUGAAGAAAUUAAUUCCGAAACGAUAUCCGUGAUGACGCAAUUUUCAUUGGAAUCUACAAGUAAAAAAUUUAGUGCAACGAGUAGUGCAAUGUCUUCUCCAAAAACACCGCCAUCAUCAUUAAAACAGAAAAAACGAAAAUCGCCAUCAUUAAGCACUCCGAGACAAGUACAGAAUUUUAUUGCAACGGUCGUGCUUGAAAAAUUGAAAAAACAUUUUGAAUUAUCAACAUCAGAUCAGACAGAAUUCUCUGAAAAAACUAGUGUAAAACAAAAUGCUCAUAAUGAUGAACAUGAUGAUCGUGAGAAGGACCGUAUCUCUAGAGUGAAGAAGAAAAAGAAAAAACCAGCAUGGAUGGAAAUUAUUGAAGAAGCAGAAAGAAAUAAUUAUCAUGUAAAUGAGGAUACUAAACCUGUUGAAAAUGAAAUGAGCGUUUCAGCAGAGAAUGAUUUUUCAACGCAAAUGACGAAAAAGACUUCUCGAAAAUCAAGAAGAAAGAGCAUGAAUGGGCAAAAUGAUUUUUUAGUAAAUGAGGAUUCAGAAUUGUCUGAAAGUGACAACGUUGAAAUGACUAUCAGCUCACGAAAAAGAAAAAAGAAAUCUACAAUUAUUGUCACUUCUGAUUUAGAUAUCAACGAAGACUAUGAAAAAAAUAGAAAACGCACAAAACAAGCGAAAAUUUUACAAUUUUUCACCAAACAAGAGAAGUAA